AUGGCUGAAGAUCAGAAUGGAACAUCACAGAUUCAACAUGGUUCUCCGGCUUCAUUGGAUCUGUCGACUUUGCCUCCUAUAUAUGUCUUCAGCACCCAUUUCGACACGGACGAUCUUCACGAACUGGAAGAAGACCUGGCCAACGCCGGCGCGAGUCUGACAUAUGAUAUUCAGGAAGCGGAGAUCGUCCUCAGCAAGUCGGUCAAGAAGCCCAGGAUCCAGUUCGAUCUUCGAAGCAAAGGGCUUUGGACGAGGGAACUGAAGCCAGAUGAGAUUCGCAACGAUCGCGAUACUUCAUAUGAGUUGCCUGAGCGUCCGGCGAAGAAACGACGGCUUGAGAAUGCCCAACAAGCGCCAAUCGAUGAGAAUGCGGUGAUCAACCUGGUGGAUUCGAGUACUGAAUCUGAGAGUGAGGCCGUCUCUCGCAACAAGUCUAAGAAGUCCUCACGGAACAACUCACGAAUGGCCGCUCAAAGCAGAGAGGCUCAUCGCCCGACAGAUUCAGCGUCUCCAGAGCAAGUCUCUGAAAGAAUUGUCAAGGUGGUGAAGAUUGAGUGGUUCACCGACUCGAGGACGGCUGGUCGCGUGCGGCCGUUGGAUGACUACAUCUCGUAUCAAGGCAGAUGUGUGGAGAGACAGCCUUCUGCAGAGGCGCCACAGAAAACGCACGACAUACUACAGCGCGCCGAAGAAGAUUCUCCGAAGUCGGGUUCGAAGCACGAUCGAUUCGGAAGACGCAAGUUCGGUCUAAACACUCCUUCGGUCAAUCCCUCCAGUUGGGAGGCUGGACAUGGUGCCAAUGCGCAGUAUGCACAUCUACUCCAGGAGACGACGACGGAGCACGAUGGCGGCUCAUCAAGCGAUCUGCCGGAGAUGCCAGAAUGGGUGAAGAAGAGCGUCAAGUAUGCUUGUCAACGGGCGACGCCAAAAGACAAUCCCAAUGACCCCUUUCUGGAACUAUUGAAACGAAUCAAGCUCGCCCGGCUGUUGACCAACGAUGAAAUUGGAGUGAGGGCUUACAGUACAUCCAUUGCCGCCAUCGCUGCGUACACGUACAAGAUCGGCAAUCCAAAGGAAAUACUGGCCUUGCCUGGGUGCGACUUCAAGAUUGCCAACCUAUGGAUUGAGUACAAGAACACUGGCAAGAUCAAGGCGGUUGAAGACUUGGAAGCCGAUGAAGAUAUGAAGGUCCUUCGACUCUUCUACGACAUUUGGGGUGUUGGAGCUACAACUGCCAGAGAGUUCUAUUACGAUAAAGGUUGGCGAGAGCUUGACGACGUUGUUGAGUUUGGUUGGAAGGAGAUUACCCGCGUACAGCAGAUUGGUGUGAAGUACUAUGACGAGUUCAAGGAGCUCAUACCGCGCACAGAAGUGGAGAAGAUAGGUGAAGUCGUACGACAGCACGCAGUCAAAGUGCGUGAUGAAGGAAUCCAGCUAAUGAUCGUCGGUGGGUAUCGGCGCGGCAAAGAGGCAAGUGGAGAUGUGGAUGUUAUCCUGUCGCAUCCAGACGAGCGUGCCACGAAGAAUCUCGUCGAAGACGUGGUCAGCAGCCUCGAGGCGGACGAUUGGAUAACGCACACGUUGGUGUUGUCACUGAACAACUCAGAGCGUGACCAGCAGACACUGCCCUUCCGCGCAGGAGGUGGAGGUCACGGAUUCGACACCUUGGACAAGGCUCUUGUUGUCUGGCAGGACCCAUCUUGGCCGACAAAGACCCGCGACCGAGCCGAGAAUCCCAAGGCGAAGAAUCCCAACGUCCACAGGCGGGUCGACAUCAUCGUGAGUCCGUGGCGGACUGUUGGAUGCGCUGUCGUGGGCUGGUCUGGAGGGACCACGUUUGAGAGGGACUUGCGCCGUUACGCUAAGAACGUGAAGGGCUGGAAGUUCGAUUCAUCCGGAGUCAGGGAUCGUCGGAAUGGCGAGGUGGUCGAUAUUGAAGGCUACUACAGUUGGAAGGGGUGGGAGGGGGUGGAAAAUCGCGCAAAGUCGAUGGAGGAGGCGGAGAAGAGGGUGUUUGAAGGGUUCGGCUUGGUUUAUAGAUCGCCCACGUUGCGUUGCACGGGCUAG